AUGCCGUCCGCCGCGACCCCAGACCCCGAUGCCGUCACCCCCUUCAGCAAAGUGCCCGUCGAGGUUCUUCUACGCAUAUCGUCGCAUCUGACCACCCCCGAGCUGGGCAAUCUGCGCCUGACAUGCAAAUCCAUCGAGCAGUCCAUGUUCAACACCUUCAUGAGGGAAUUCUUCACCAAGCGCCAGUUCAUGCUCACCGAGGACAGCUUACAAGCCCUCGUCGACAUCAGCAAGUCGCGUCUGAGUGAUUGCCUUGACCAUGUCAUCAUUGGCCUCAACUACUUCCAGAUCCAGCCCUUUCGGCCACACCACACCGCCGAGCAGAACGCAUACCGCAAGGCCUAUGCCGACCACCGCACUCUCGUCAGCAGCGGCCAGGACGUCGUCAUGCUCACCGAGGCUUUCCAGAACCUUAAGAAUCUCAAGACAGUCGGCAUACGCGACUAUCACUCUCGCGAGCGUGCCGGUCGCGACGGCCCCGGUGCUACUUGGGCUAGUUAUGGAGCCACCACCAUCCAAAAAGAGACGGGCAUCGACCUCAUGAGUCCCAUGCAUUCCGAGCAUGCCCAAGAAUACGCCAACAAAGUCAUGAUCACCCUCUUCACCGCUCUUGGCAAUGCUGGCGCCCGCCCAAGCACGUUCGAGAUGCUGCGCAGACAGCAGCGCGUCCCCGACGACGAUGCCUUCAACCUCUUCACCAAGUACCUUAAGCCCAAGGUUCUACCCGUCCUCGAGGGUAUCAAGACUCUCAUCCUGGUCGUCAACGCUGCCAUCGGCCCCACCCGUACUGUGAGCAUCCCCGGGAAACCAAACGGGCAGGAUACCAGCCACGAUUACCUCUUGCGCCAAUUCUUGGGCUACAUGACCAACUUGGAGCAUCUCCGCCUCAACUUUUAUAACGGACGAGGGAGUGCUGAGAAGCUUCUCAACUGGCUGGCCACACCUGCCCCCAAAGCUCCAUCGGCACCUCAUCCGGCCAACACCACGACCGGCCUGCUUGCCCCCCCACCUCCCCCGGUCUUUCCUUAUCUGAGAGAGCUGAACCUGGGCUUCUGUGACCUUAACCACAAAGACCUCGUCCAGGUCGUCCGCAAGUUUGCACCCACGCUCAAAAGUCUCGAGCUGUACAGGGUCACCCUCGCCAACCAACCCGUACACACGAACGCAGUCGAUCAGUCGGACCAAAGCGCCAGGUACAAGGUCAACUUGUGGAGCAAGAUGCUGAAGAGCCUUUGCGAGAUCCCGGGCCUGGAUCUGGAACACAUCAUGAUCGGCUUACCCAACCAGCGCUCUUUCAAGGCGCCCGGUUCGUACAUGGUUAACAGCCACGUUUGGUUCCACCCCAAGGACGCACCCGACAAGAAGUUGACGAUGGAAUCGUACACGGGCAUUGACUGGAAGCACUACGUCGGCGCCCUGACUACUCGUAUCAAGAUGGAUACGCCGCCGGAGACGGACGAGGAGGAGGAGGACGACGAAGAUGACGACGACGAAAUGUACGACUCUGGGCCGGAUGAGGAUGAAGAGUUUAUGAUGAUGCACGGCUACUAUCCAGAUGAAGUGAUAGACGCGUUUGACGAGUUGGAGGACAUGCUCAUGAUUGACACGUACGGGAUCGACCCCAUGAUGUUCUGA